AUGAGUAUUAGUAAAAAGAUUGUUUUUGUUACAGGAAAUGCAAAAAAACUUGAAGAAGCAUUACAAAUUUUAGGUACAUCAUUCCCAAUUGAAUCAAAAAAAGUUGAUUUACCAGAAUUACAAGGUGAUCCAAUUGAUAUUUCAAUUGAAAAAUGUAAAAUUGCAGCAAGAGAAGUUGGAGGACCAGUAUUAGUUGAGGAUACAUGUUUAUGUUUUAAUGCAUUAAAAGGAUUACCAGGACCAUAUGUUAAAUGGUUUUUAGAUAAAUUAGAACCAGAAGGAUUAUAUAAAUUAUUAGAUGCUUGGGAAGAUAAGAGUGCAUAUGCAUUAUGUAAUUUCGCUUUUUCAGAAGGACCAGAUUCAGAACCAAUCGUAUUCGCUGGUAAAACCGAUGGUAUCAUCGUACAACCACGUGGUCCACGUAAUUUCGGUUGGGACCCUGUAUUCCAACCAGAUGGUUACAAAGAAACUUAUGCAGAAAUGGAUAAAUCAAUUAAAAAUACAAUUUCUCAUCGUACUCGUUCACUUCAAAAAGUUAAAGAAUUUUUAAAAUCAAAAGGUUAUGAAAAUUGUAAAUUUGAAUAA